GAGUCUAACACACUUGGCAUCGGUCUGACUCACUACCAUCGCCGGCCUAUAAUUGACGCCGACAACCUCAUCGUACAUAACAAAACCCACCAACCACGACAAGACAACCAUGGAGUCCCCCAAACCCACCAGACAAAUCACUUCCGUUGGCACCGUUGAGCUCUACAACCGCUGGGCGAAAGUCUACGACACCGACGGCAACAUCCUCCAGACAACCGACGACCUCUGCCUACCCCCUCUCCUCACUCACUUCCUCUCUCUCCUCCCCUCCAGAAAUGCCAAAAUCACCGAGCUAGGCUGCGGCACCGGCCGUAACACCGCUAAGCUCCUACUCCCCCUUUCCAGCACCAACAUAUCAUCCGUCCAGGCCCUCGAUCUCUCUCUUUCCAUGCUCGACAUCGCACGGCAGCGCUGCUCUGUCAUCACUACUGGUAGCACCGCGCCCAUUCUCUCCACGGGAUUCCACGUCUUCGACGCGCUAUCAGGCGCGGGGCCGCCGGUGGAGGCUUGCGGUGCGGAGGGCGUGUUAUCAACGCUUGUGCUUGAGCAUUUACCCCUUAUCGUAUUUUUCGAGUCUGUAAAGAAACUUCUCAAGAAGGAGGGAGGGUACUUGUUGGUAACUAAUAUGCAUGAGGAGAUGGGGAGGAGGGGCCAGGCGGGGUUUGUGGAUGUGGAGAGUGGGGAGAAGGUUAGAGGGGUGAGUUUUGUUUAUAGUAUUGAGGAGGUGGUCGAGGAGGGGAGGAAGUUGGGUUUUGAGGUUGUGGGGGAGGUGGGAGAGAGGGCUGUAGCUGAGGAGGAUUUGGAGGUGUUGGGGGAUAGAGGGAGGAAAUGGGUAGGUUGUAAGGUAUGGUUUGGAGGAGUGUUUAGGUAUGUGGGUGGAAAGGGGGAGUAAGCGUGCCACGGUGCGUUAUGGGUUGAGGGUGUAGAUGAAGUAUAAUAGAGGUGUUAAGACAACUGCAUAUUCAAGACUGAAGCUGUUCACUCUCGAAAUAUGUAAUCGACUUUGAAUGUCUUGAUAUUACCUCAGGCUCUGCUAAUUUCUACCUAGAAAUAGGAAAUCCCAUAUCCACAUUGCUC